CAUGGAGAGUGCUUGUUUUUCCUUGGACUUGUGUUUGUUUUUCGUCCUCAUAAAUACUUGCGGCGUGACGGGAAACGCUGGACUUGCAGAUGCAGAUGAGUGUUCUGAGGCCACGGAUGACUGUCACAUCGACGCCCUCUGCCAGAACACGCCCAAGUCCUUCAAGUGCAUCUGUAAGCCUGGCUACAAGGGGGACGGCAAGCAGUGUGAAGACAUGGACGAGUGUGAUAACGACUACAACGGGGGCUGUGUCCAUGAGUGCAUCAACAUCCCCGGCAACUACAGGUGCACCUGCUACGAUGGCUUCAUGCUCGCCCACGACGGCCACAACUGCCUGGAUGUGGACGAGUGCCUGGACAACAACGGCGGCUGCCAGCAGGUCUGCGUCAACACCAUGGGCAGCUACGAGUGCCUGUGCACCGAGAGCUUCUUCCUGAGCGACAACCAGCACACCUGCAUCCACCGCUCCGACGACGGGAUGAACUGUAUGAACAAGGAACACGGCUGCGCCCAUAUUUGCCGGGAGACGCCGAAGGGGGGCGUGGCCUGUGAGUGCCGACCCGGGUUCGAGCUCGCCAAGAACCAGAGAGACUGCACGCUGACUUGUAACUAUGGAAACGGCGGCUGCCAGCACACCUGUGAUGACACAGACGUGGGGCCUGUGUGUGGCUGCCAUCAGAAAUACGCCCUGCACUCUGACAGCAAGACCUGCAUCGAGAGAGAUGAGGCUGCAAUUGAGAGCUCUGAGUUCAAUACCACGUCACUAGCUGAUGUGGACAAGCGGGUGAAACGUCGCCUUCUCAUGGAAACCUGUGCGGUGAACAACGGCGGGUGUGACCGGACCUGCAAGGACACGGCCACCGGGGUGCGCUGCAGCUGCCCCGUGGGGUUCACCCUGCAGCCCGACGGCAAGACCUGCAAAGAUAUAGACGAGUGUCAGGAGAAUAAGGGAGGCUGUGAUCACUCCUGCAGGAACACGGUGGGCAGCUUCGAGUGCAGCUGCCAGAAGGGCCACAAGCUGCUGACGGACGAGCGCAGCUGCCAGGAUAUCGACGAGUGCUCUUUCGACCGGACGUGCGACCACACGUGCAUUAACUACCCGGGGAGCUACGAGUGCGUGUGCGAGAGAGGCUACACACUCUACGGCCUGACGCACUGCGGGGACGUGGACGAGUGCAGCAUCAGUAACGGCGGGUGUGAGCAGGGCUGUGUGAACACGCUGGGCAGCUUCGAUUGUGUGUGCCCAAGCGGACACAAGCUGCACUGGAACAAGAGAGACUGCCUCGAGGUUGUAAAGUGUCUCCCCAGCGGGAAGCCGCCCCCUCGAGCCCAGCUGAGCUGCACCAAGGCUGGGGGGGCAGAGGUGUGCUCCCUGUCCUGCCCCUCCAACGCCCUCUUCACCACUGAUUCGGAGAACAGCUACACGCUCAGCUGCGGAGUCCCAGUGCAGUCUGGGAAGGCUCCCCAGAAGAGGAACACCACGUCCGCCAUCCUCAGCUGUGCAGACAGCCUGGCUCCGCCCAUCAAGCAGAAGGCCCGGUUCAAGAUCAAAGACGCCAAGUGUCACCUCAAGCCCCGCAGCAAGGAGAAGCCCCGAGACGCCCCCAAACAGGGCCUCCCAGGCGGGCAGUUCUCAUGCACGGACGACUGUCAUGUGACCUUCGUCAACCUGAAGUGCGACUCGUCCAAGAAGCGGCGCCGGGGUCGGAAGUCCCCCUCCAAGGAGGUGUCCCACAUCACGGCCGAGUUCCAGAUGGAGAUGAAAGAGGAGGAGGCCUCAGACUCCUGUAACAUCGACUGCGUGAGGGAGAAGAUGAAGCAGAGGUUGCAGAUGGCGAUGCGCACCCUGAGAAAGUCCAUAAACAAGCAGCAGUUCUACAUCCAGUUCUCGGGCACGGAGUACGAGGUGGCGCAGAAGCCCGCCCGCGUCCCGGACAACCAGGACUUCUGCAGCACGGGCCAGGUCCUGCGCGAGGGCAAGUGUACCAGCUGCAGCGUGGGAAGCUUCUACAGCGGAGAGCAGGAGCAGUGUGUGCUGUGCCCCACCGGCUCCUACCAGGACACCCCCGGCCAGCUCACCUGUGAGCCCUGCCCCAGCACCGACAUCCAGGGCAUCGCAGGGGCCAAGAACGUGUCCGAGUGUGGAGGUCAGUGCCCGCCGGGACACUUCUCGUCGGACGGGUUCCGGCCCUGCCAGCCCUGCACGCUCGGGACCUUUCAGCCAGAGCCCGGGCGGGUGCUCUGCUUCCCCUGCGGCGGGGGGCUGAUGACCAAACACGAGGGCGCCGUGUCCUUCAGGGACUGCGAGGCCAAGGUGCACUGCGCCCCUGGGCACCACUACAACUCCAGCACCCACCGCUGUAUCCGCUGCCCAGUGGGGACCUACCAGUCCGAGUUCGGCCAGAACUACUGCAUCACCUGCCCCGGCAACACCACCACCGACUUCGACGGGGCCACCAACGUGUCGCACUGCAAGAACCAGCUGUGUGGCGGUGAGCUGGGGGACUACACGGGCUACAUCGAGUCGCCCAACUACCCCGGGGACUACCCGUCCAACGUGGACUGCAUCUGGAACAUCAACCCCCCGCCCAAGAGACGCAUCCUCAUCGUGGUCCCCGAGAUCUUCCUCCCCAUGGAGGAUGAGUGUGGAGACGUGCUCGUCAUGCGCAAGAGCGCCCUCCCCACCUCCAUCACCACGUACGAGACGUGCCAGACCUACGAGCGGCCCAUCGCCUUCACCUCGCGCUCCCGCAAGCUCUGGAUCCAGUUCAAGUCCAACGAGGGCAACAGCGGGAAGGGCUUCCAGGUGCCCUACGUCACCUACGACGAGGACUAUCAGCAGCUGAUAGAAGACAUCGUCAGAGACGGAAGACUGUAUGCCUCUGAAAACCACCAGGAAAUACUGAAAGACAAGAAGCUGAUCAAGGCGCUGUUCGACGUGCUGGCCCACCCGCAGAAGUACUUCCAGUACACAGCCAAGGACAUGUUCCCACGCUCCUUCAUCAAACUGCUCCGCUCCAAAGUGUCCAGGUUUCUGCGGCCGUACAAAUAG